AUGAAGUCAACCAAAUUUCCAAAGAGACCCACGCUUCGAUGGGACCAAUACAAGCGACAGGUACUGUGUUGUUUGUAUCGAUUCUUUAUGUGCGACAAGAAGGAAACCGAGGAGAUAUUCUCCUACAUGUUUAGGGGGCAUCUGAACGAGCGCGGUAUCCGGGGCUUCGUUCCAUUUGCCACCCUCAACACUCAGUGGGUUUGGAUGAAGAACAAACGGGAUCCGGUUUGGUCCCAUGUGCAUUUAAACACCGCAUUUGAAACCGAUGGCGAGUGGAAGGGGGUCGUUACAAAGAUCAAAUCUGCAGCCAAAACAUUGCGGUUCCAACUCCGCGAGAAGACGGAGGACGACACUAACAUAUCACCCCGGAGUUCGUUGGGAUCCGACGGCGACCGAAGCAGUGCAUGUAAUGGGCCCCUCGCGCCAAUGCUUCCUCACACGUUGUCUACACCAGAGACUCUCAACCCGAUGGUAUUGCUAUUUCCGAGCCAGGAUCGGGUCUCGAAUGAACGAUCCAGAGCCAGCCAAAGCGUCGAUCAGAUCAUCUACCAGCAGAAUGACCUCCACAGCAACAUCUCCAAUGCAUUCCAUAGGACCACCGAGCCUGUGGUCAGUAGCCAUGGAAAACUAUGCCUUUGGUGUGACCAUGAAGGAGCCACCUACGAGUCCGGGGAUACCCAGGAACUGCAGAACGAAGACUACGACCACGAAAGUGGAUACAAGGACAAUAGUCAUGCUAACCAGCAUAACAACCGACAAGAUGACCCUGAUAUGAGAGAGUAUACCCAAGGAUUCAAGCGAUUCAUGAGAGAACUAGACGGCGAAGUCUCUUCCGAUGAAGAACUUUUUGAUUCAGCGAGGGAGAAAUACGCGAUGCUACCCCAAGAAAGCCCCCCCAAAUUGGGCUCAUUCUACAACCCACACUUAUCCAUGCCCUCAGACCUAGAGCAAGAAUCCUUAGGCUCCGUGGCUAACUCAGACUGGUGCGUUGACAGAGGAAGCCCGGCUAAUUUAGCCGAGUUUGGCAUCCCUUCGAUUCCAAUGGAAGAUCGGAGCGGCGCCCUUGACGAUAAUCAAAUUCCCCCAAAAGAUACUCAGUCCAACUUCCGUUUCUCCCAGACUCGCACGGGUCACGAGAGGGCGUUGGGGUAUGAGUGGCCCUCCGAUGAUGAAAGGAGGGUGGACAACCUACGCCGGAUGUCUGUGGAAGUUCUCAGCCAGAUUGAAAGCCAGUCGACAACUCAGUUUUCUAGUCAGGAGAAUAUGGAUAUCUUGAUGUAUGACGGCAAUAACUGGACUUGGAUGUAG